UGUCGCUGUAUCGUCGCAGUUGUGCGGAAACCAUGUUAUUGUCGAAUACACAGCGGAACCGGUUGCCGGCGGGUUCGUCAGAAAAUUAGUGAUUUGGAUUUAGCUCCUGAAACAACCCCUAAUUAGAAAAACACAAUCGAAGGCUAUCGAAAUUUCAUGUGAUAUUUGUGAUAAAUGAAUUGAAAUUAUCAAUUUUAUCUGUGCUUGCAAUUAAUAAAUAUUGUGAUUGUGUGAAAGAAAACAAUAGGAACGGGGAAUAGUUUUUGAAUGGAGAAGGAUCAUGCUAAAGGUCAUCGAUCGUGCCAUGCAUCCUAUCGUAGCCGAGCCUUCAGCAAUCGAUCUACAAAUUUAUCCUGGGUUAAUCAACAUGUCACGAACUCCAAUUUUGAAGUCAAGUUUUUCGAUCAAUGCAAUCUUACCAGAGACCGUUGAGGAUCGCGAGACAUCAUCCCCCAUACGUUCACGAACCGCAUCCCCAUCGGAUGUCUGUAAUUCACCAUCCUACGGGUCGGAAGCAGCAGAGAUUUCUGAUGUGGAAUCGGAUUUGGACGUUACUAGCACUUCGCCUCCUCCUGCGUCAGUAGAUUGUAGCACCACCAGUAGUAAUGUCAAUAAUAAUAAUAACGAUGGAAGCAAUAGUGAUAAAGAAGGGAAAGAGGGCGACGAAACAUCCGAGAAAAGUGGAGGUGAAAAAAAUGCGGAGAAAAAAGGAAACGAAAAGCCACCUUACAGUUACAAUGCACUUAUUAUGAUGGCGAUUAGACAAAGUCCUGAAAAACGGUUGACUCUAAAUGGAAUCUAUGAAUAUAUCAUGAAAAACUUCCCCUACUACCGUGAUAACAAACAGGGUUGGCAGAAUUCAAUUCGGCAUAAUUUGAGUUUGAACAAAUGUUUUGUUAAGGUUCCUAGACAUUAUGAUGAUCCAGGGAAGGGCAAUUACUGGAUGCUAGACCCUUCGGCAGAAGAUGUUUUCAUUGGUGGCUCGACGGGAAAGCUGCGUCGAAGGACAACAGCGGCAUCAAGAUCGAGAUUGGCGGCCUUCAAAAGAUCUCUUCUGGGACCCAUAUUUCCAGGACUAGGAUAUCCUCAGUUCGGACAGUUUCUUUACCCGCCAGCAGCUGCGGCUGCUGCAGCUCCUGCUCUCUUUGCUAGUAUGUACAGUAGAUAUAAUCCUUAUAUACCAAAGCCUCCUGCGCUGCCUAUUCCAUUAUCAUUUGCGGCGCCCAACAGUCCUGGCAAUGGGAUGGAAAGACUACUCGGCCCACCUCAGUCUCCUUCGGGACCCAACGUUCAUCCAGCUUCCGCACUCCCCACAUCUUCCGAAUUAUACCAAAGGAUACAGUAUCAGCAAUUGAUCCAGCAGCACGCCGCUGCAGCCGCGGUGGCUGCGCAUCAACGUCAACAGCUCGUCACGCAUCUGUCGCAAUCCAGUCCAACAGGAAGCACCGGCGGGGGGGGUACGAGUGUGGGGGUGAUUUCACCCACCGCCAAUUCACAAACCCCAACUGGGCCAAUUUACAAACCGGUCACUGUUGUGUCACGCAAUAGUUGAUUAUUUGAAUGUGGGGAUGAUGAUGAGUGUAGAUGUCCGACUAGGUUCGCUUCAGCUUCAUAGCAUCCAAAGCACAAUCCACCGCCGCCGUCCUUAAUGAUGACUUAGCAAACAUCCUGGUUACUUCUAAGUUCGAGCUUGAAAAGGCUAAGACUCGUAAAAUGAGAAACUCCGCAAAUAUUGAUGGGGUGUAGAGUGCAUGUGAUAAUGAUGACAAUGCGAUUGUAAAAAUCUAAUUCGAAUGAAUGAAUCUGUUGCUAGACAUACUUGCAGAUAUGCAGAUGGACAGGAUCAUGUGUAUGUAAAUUUGAGUAAAUAUUUCGCUUUUAGUUUUUAUAUUAUCCUCACAUUAUUAGGAGCUUAUCGAUAUCAUAACUAAAUUUAAUAAUUUAUUGUUGGCGAGAAUGUUGAAGACUUUAAACAUGAAAAUUAUUUAUCCUUAAGUUAUGUAAAAUAGCGAAUUGGAAGCAUAAGGACAACGUGUAAGAUAUGUAGAGAUUAAUUAAUGGAAAAUGCACCAAUAAGUUUAUUAGAAAAUAUAAAAUAAUUCUU